CUUUCGUUGUUACAACCGACUCUCGAGAGAAUGGCCAAGGAAAUAAUUAUUCGCAUUUUACUGACAGUACUAUUUGUCUUCUGUUGCGUCCACCAAGGGUUAUCCAUUAAAUGCUGGGUAUGCAGAUCUGAUUUUGAUCCAAAAUGUGCAGAUCCAUUUGACAAUACCACUGUGCCUAUUACUGAUUGUAAACAAGAACCAGAUUUGGAACACUUGCCAGGUGUAAGACCUACUAUGUGUCGUAAAAUUCGUCAAAAAGUCAAUGGUGUGUGGAGAUAUUUUCGUAGUUGUGCUUACAUGGGAGAACCAGGGAUCAGUGGUGACGAACGAUUUUGUCUCAUGAGGACAGGAACUUAUAAUAUCUUUAUGGAAUAUUGUACUUGCAAUAGCAAAGAUGGCUGUAAUGCAGCAUCUUCCAGUCGUGGAAGCUUAUUUGCUUGUAUCAUAGCUUUAGCAGUUUCAUUUAGAUAUGUACUUGUUUACACUUAAGGCAAACUUAACCAAAGAUUACAGAUAGAUUGAAUUAGGCAGUAUAUAUUUGAACAUAUUUUUUUACAAGAGAGAGAUAU